UACACUGGGUUUUAAUUGAAAUAGUGUAAAUAUUAACAUUUUUUUCAGGUGAUGGUUUCCUUGUCACUGGAGCUUUUUACGCAUCUUUUCACUGUUUGGAAAGGUGAAGAUCUGAUCCAAAAAGCUUCAUGUUGCUUUUUUCUACUCACCAUAUCUGUCUCAAUAACAAACGCAUUCAUGGUGGUAUAUCCCCAGCUUUGCUUUCUGAUGGGAGAGAACAGGACGAGGAGGAGGACUGCUGGUUCUCUGUGGACUUGUCAUGUCAAACUUUUGCACCAAUAGCAACGCAGCUCUGCACAAUCUCCAAACUCUAUUGGGGAGUUGAGCCAAUCAGUGGAGGAGAAGCUCUGGAAGUCCAUCCUCCUAAUUCCACCAGAUUGAAAUGUAAGCCUGUCUCCAGCGCCGUCAGGAAGCAGAAAGAGAAGUUUAGUCCCUCUUGUUCCUUUAUCGCGCAAGAAGACUUUUCUUGGACGCGGUUUUUUGGACAGUGGACACGCUGGACGCGGAGCAGGACCCACGCAGGAGGCACAAUCCGGACACCGUGUUCUUCAUUUGCGGCUUGAACACGAUGGAGCCAGCCUUCGGUGAGGUGAACCAGCUCGGCGGUGUUUUCGUGAACGGCAGGCCGCUUCCCAACGCCAUCCGGCUCCGGAUCGUGGAGCUGGCUCAGCUCGGGAUUCGACCCUGUGACAUCAGCAGACAGCUGCGCGUGUCGCACGGCUGCGUCAGCAAGAUCCUGGCGCGCUACAACGAGACCGGCUCCAUCCUCCCGGGAGCCAUCGGAGGCAGCAAGCCUCGAGUCACCACACCCACCGUGGUUAAACACAUACGGACGUACAAGCAGAGGGACCCGGGGAUUUUUGCCUGGGAGAUCCGAGACAGGUUGCUCGCAGACGGGGUUUGCGACAAAUUCAACUUGCCCUCAGUGAGCUCCAUCAGUCGGAUCCUGCGCAACAAGAUCGGGAAUCUGUCCCAGCAGAGCCAGUACGAGUCAGGCAAGCAGGGGCCUCACCCACCUCCACCACAAGCAACCAUACCCUACAACCACUUAUACUCAUACCAGACGUCCAAAGUGCCCACUCCACCUGGCAUGCCCACUCUACCUGGACACAUGGCCAUGCACAGGAUAUGGCCUUCCUCGCAUUCUGUCACAGAUAUUCUGGGGAUUCGGUCUAUUACAGAGCAACAAAACGCCGAAUGGCUUGCCCACAGUGAACAGCUAUGUCACAGCACCCAGCAUCCCUCUCUACCACCCUCCCACCACCCAAGUGUCACCCUACAUGGGGUACAGCGCCACCACGUCGGCCUAUGUGACCGGUCCCACAUGGCGGCCGGCCAGUGGCAGUGCGCUAUCUCCCCACAGCUGUGACAUCGCCACCCCUCUGGCCUUCAAGAGCAUGACAGCCAACCGUGACGCCAUCCACCCAGUCACCGCCUCGGCGCUGUGAAGACAGACUGGGAGAGAGAUAGAGAGCGAGGGCGGCGGGUGGAGUGAGAGACGGCGAGGACAGGAGACACCAAGUCUGUCCCCUGUGGCUUCAUUUCAUUCCCACUGCCUCCUUUCUAUGAAGGACUCGGCCCCAGGACCCAUAUUUGUGCCUCCUCCUCCUCCUCCUCCUCCUCGUCCUCCUCUUCCUCCUCACUACACAGUCAUACCAAAGACACACGAGGAAUAAACUGUCAUAUUUUUUUACAACAGACUUGUUGUCUGAGAGAACUUGCAGGACAGACAGGUGUACUGAAGGACUGAUGUAUGACUGCUACUCCAUCCAUCAACACAAUUCCUCUCAGAUUCUUUACUGCACACUUCUGCAAAAUGUCUUUGGGCAAAAUGGGGUAAUGUAUAACUUCAUGCAAUCAAAGAAGAGGGGGAAACUUUGCAUUAGUGUUUCAGGGUGCUUAAUAAUUGCCAUUGUUUUUUUUAUAUAUAUGUUUGUAUGCUUUUUUUUGUGUUAUGUUUUGAUAAAAGUAACCCACUUCUCUAAAAAUGUAGCCUAUGCAAGAGCUUCAGAGAGAAGUUUAUUUAUUAGAUAUUAAGGUACGUUGAAUGAAGUGAAUUCGCCUUACAGACAGCAUCUCCACGCACUGAUAGACAAAAUUGGCAUUGGUCUUGUGUUUGGAGUCUAGAGCAUUAACAAUUGACAAAUGUUGCACAAUGAAAUUGAAUGUAUCUUAUUAAAUUGUUUGGCUGUUA